GUCAUCUCUUGGGCCCUAAGCAACCAGCCUCGCCCACGCCUGUCAACCCGGCGCGACUCACACACCUCGUCCUCGAGUGCGACAUCUUGCGCAAAGACUCGACGUCUCUUGCACUGCGCCUCUUCACUCUCCCGCCCUGUUCUCCCCAUUCACGCCAAUGUCUACUUUCGCCGCACAAUCACAAUCACAACCGCACAUCACACUACAACCGCCUCACGUACCUUGGAAGCGCUACAUUACCUAGCCCACUGGAUCGCGACCACCGACCACCCUUUCCCUUGCGACACUAGCUCGAACACGACUUUUCAUUACGACCUUCACACACUGCGACAUGGCAGACUUGACCUACAUGAGCGACUCGCCCGUGCCGACUGCGCCUGGCGCUCAGCAAGGGCGACAACAGACCACGCCUUCCCAACCGAAGCGCAAUAACCGCAAUCGCAAGAACAACCAGCAACAACAGACCGACGGCGCUGUUUCCGACGGCGCUCUCAUAAAUCCUGCUGCGUCUCCGCGACACAGGAACAACAGCAACAAGCAGCGGCAGAGCAGCGCAGCGCAAGGACGACAACAGCAGGACAAUAUGGGCCAAGGGAAUACGCAGAAAGGGCGACCGAUUUCUUAUGCCGGUGGGCGAGUUCCAGCGACACCUGCGAAAGAGCAAGCAUAUGCUGGGCCGACCUUUCAAGCUUCGCCAGCUGCUUCUGCACUACCCAUGCCCAAGUUCUCCAAAUCAGUGCCAAAUGCUGCAGUGCGUGGCUCUCUGUCCGCGAGACUGGCGGCCGAAAAGACAUCCGACGGCGAGCAGUCAUCUCCCGAGGCGGACGUCGUUGCGCCUGUCCCCGCUCCCAAGGAAGCGUUCAAUUCUCCUUUGGACUUGUUCUUCAAGGCGGAUCGAGAAGAGAAAGCGCGAAGCGCAAGCCAGUCAGAAGCUCAGAGACCACAACCGCCUUCUACAGAACCUCGAAAUCCAUUCGCACAAGCAGGACGCAGCGCCUUCCUUGACGAGCUGGACCGCGACUCGGCCAUGCCCAGUCCUCGCACCGUACCUCCCAACAACGGCAGGCCACCUUUGAGCCACCGAACAGUGUCUUCUCCUGGCAUUGCGCAACAGCAAGCGGAUAUUGGUGAGCAGGAGAGGCAGGCCAAGACGCAGAAUCUGAAGGACUUGCUGUUCUCCGCCGCCAUCAGACCCUCCAAUCAGCCCAGUACCCAAUCACGAACACCGUCCGGAUCGAAUACACCUAACAAUAACUUCCAUUCUCCAUCUCCCUUCAAUCAACCUGGACACUUCUCACAAUCUCGAUCCAGUUCUGUUCCUUCGACCCCUCAGCCGCAUUACGAUCAGCAGCAACAAGACAAUUACUCUUUGCACUACGGCAACAGAAACCUAUCACCUCUGUUCAAGGCUUCACGAAACGACACACCUCAGCGCCCUUCCUCUUUGCGGCAGGAGAUGGCUAGCGAUACCUCAUCCAAUGCAGACUCGGCGGUGGGUCUCGGCGAUCCAUACAGUCCUAACACUUUCGCACGUAAUUACCUCAAUCACACGGCACGCACCGCGGGGCCGGUGGAGAUGCCUCAACUUCCUUUCAACAAUCAUCCUGCUGCUUUCCACGGUCCUACUAUUGGUUCUUCUACUCAACCUGUAAAUGCACAGCACGGCGUUCCGGAGCAAGCUGCCAAUACCAACAGCAGCGCACCACGCGGUAACGAAUUACGAGACAUGAGCGCGGAGUCGGCGGAAUUACGACGUAUGCUCAAGAUCUUCUGAUAUCAUCUUUGGGCAUAUUGGGUCUUGUGUUCAGGCGUUUUCAUCUAUUACAGAGCAUAGCGAGGAGUUUUUGGCGACUUGUCAUUGUUUGCAGCAUUGUGGCUUUGUGAGCCAUUCUCUGGGGGUGGGAUAUUCGGUCACAUUUCGAACGACUGGCAAUGUCAUCUUGGUGGAGGGUUCGCGCUGCAUAUCUGCACGCAUGCGGCGCUUUGGAGGACGAGAAACUGGGCACGCUCGCUGAUGAGUUGAUUUGAAGCACGAGUCACAGGACACCCACUCGCUUGAGCUCUCUCGUAUGUCAGAGUGGAAUGAGUACUGCUUGAGAGCAGUUGCUUGAUGGAUUUGGACGUAGAUAGAAGACCAAC